CAAUAGAAAAACACCAUUUUUUUUCCAACCGCAACACAACAGCACCAACUCGUUGUUCUUACAAUGUUCUCAUAAACCCCAUACAUAAAUACCCAACCCAAAACACAUUCUUCUCUUCAAUGUUCAUCACCAAUACUCUCUCUCUCUUUCUCACACAGCCAUGAGUUACUUCGACAACGAUCACGACCACUCUCCGUUCCCAACAUUCCAGAACCACAAUGACUUCAACCGGAGGAUACUAAUCACCGCCAUAGUUUCCCUAUCAGUGGUUCUGGUUUUAGUGUUUGUUCUUCACAUCUACGCAAGGUUUUUUCUGAGGCGUCAAACUCGGCGCCGGAGCGCCAUAUACCAACUCAGUCUCAACGUGGCUCACGCGCAAGCCCAACCACCAAACACCGGCCUCGACCCUGCCCUCAUCACCGCUCUCCCCACCUUCCCCUUCAAACACCAGAACGACGCCGUUGAGUGCGCCGUCUGUUUGAGCGUUCUUGAAGACGGAGAACACGUCAGACUUCUUCCUAAUUGCAAGCAUAGCUUCCACGUUGGCUGCAUCGACGCGUGGCUCGCCUCGCACUCCACGUGUCCCCUUUGUCGGACCAAAGCCGAACCUCUCCGACUUGAACCGGUCCAGCGCGAGGACCCCACCCGGUUGGCUCUUCCCACCGCCCCGGUAUUGUUUGAAAACGUGGAAGGAACAUCCGACGGUGGUAAUGGGUCACCUAAAAUCAACGGCUCCAAUUCCCGGUUGAGUUCGUUUCGAAGAAUUCUCAGUAGAGAGAGAUCGUUGAGGAGAAUCCAACCUUCUACGCAUGAUGAUGUUGAACAAGACUUAGAGAGACAGUGACAGAUUCAUUAUUGAGGUACUAUCAUGUACGUACAUAUAUGUAUGUAUCUGUUUAUUUUUUCUUUUUUGAUACUGUUUUUUUUUUUUCCUUUCAUUUUCUCAUCAUAAUACAGCUUGCAAAAAUUUGCCAAGGUUUUGAAAUAUGAGUGAUUUUCUUAUUGAAUAAUUUUGCAGAUGAGAAUCAAAUACGAGUGAUUUGGUUGUUUAUUGUUCUUAUUAUAUAUAUUAAAUUCAUAAUUAAACUUUGUAAAAAGGAUUUGGUGUUUGGUAAGCCGAAUUAGCGUGGGAGAUAUAAUAUUGGUAGAUUAGGUGUAGUCCAUGUGAGCUAAUUAUAAAAUUAAGAUUAAUUAAUUUAUUAGUGAUUUUUUGUGUUUGUUUUGUUUCUACUAGCGCCUUAUUACUACCAUAGUCAUAUGUUUCGGUGGGAAGUCAAAAAUCGAGAUCCUCAUAUUUGGGAUUCUUGUUGACUUGUUCCUAUAAAUGUAAGGAGACAAACCUAGUCGACAAUGUGGCUUCCAUUGUUGU